AAAAAGCAACCUCAGAGCUCAUCUCCAUCAAAAACAGCUCAACUCCCAACCCAAAACAUGAAAAAGCUAUCCUCCAAAACCCCACCUCCCAUGGAAUACCGCGCACACUACGCAGUAGCCAUACACACCAUAGCGAGCCAGAAAGCAACCAAAGAAAUCCAGAGACACAUAGCAAAGAGCCGUCUCUGAUCUCUCUGUCUGCUCUCUCUUUCUCUCUCUCCUUCCCCGACCGCCCAUGUCCAAAUCCCCCUACCGUUAUCCUUUUGGCUUCCUUAUUUCUUUCAUCGAUGCUCUUUUACUCUUCUUCCUCGACUUCCUCACUACCUCAUUUCUAUUUCCACACUUCUUCUUCCUCCUUGACCAUUCCUACUUCAUCUUCUCCUACCCCUUCUCCUCCAAUCUCCCCCCGCGUAGCAUGCGUAGAACCACUUCCCCUUGUUUUUUCUGAUGGCAUCCACCUCCUGCCUCCUCCUUCCUCAUCCCCAUGAUCCCUCCAACGCCUCCCCUUCCUCUAUUAAUUCCCAAGAAGACCCUCUUAUCUUCCUCCAAGAAACUUCAUUUACUCCUCUCCCUGCGGUAAAAAUGGCGAGAAAACGCCCUGCAUCCGAGAUCGACCUCCAACCCGACCCACCUCGUCGCCCUCCUCCACCCUUCUCCUCUGACCAGCUACUCCUCUCCGACACUCCCCAAAGUCUCGCCUUGUCUUCUCUCCCUCCUCUUCCUCCAACCGCCCCUGCUCCCUCCGCCCUCUGCAGUUUCUCCGGCCUCCCCCUCUUCACUUCUGAGCCUAACCGCACAGCCACUGGCCCGCAAAACUCCACCUUGGAUGCCGAGGACACUUCAUCUUCUGCCUGGAUCGAUGGCAUCAUCCGAGACCUUAUCACCAGCGCCGCCGCUAACGUAUCGAUCCCACAAAUAAUCCACAAUGUGCGCGAGGUCAUCUUUCCUUGCAACCCCGGCCUCGCAGCCGUUCUCGAGUUUCGCCUACGGUCUCUCUCCUCCGACUCUCAAACGCCAGUGGAGCCAGCAAAUAAGCGAAGAGAACCCUCACAGUGCAAUUUGGUCCCAACCUGGGAAGAGCAACAGAAUCAUAAUAACGCUACAAUCAACCCACCAAAUGCUGCUGCCUCUGUCUCAUCGGAGGAAGCUGCGGCAGCUCCACCGCCGCCGCCGCCGCCUCCAACGGCGUUGGCCUCAGCGGCGAGGAAAGAGGAGCUCCGGCAGCAGAAGCGCGACGAAGAUGGACUCCAUUUGCUAACUCUUCUUCUCCAAUGCGCGGAGGCCGUCGCCGCCGACAACCUUGAGGAAGCUAACCGUCUUCUGCUUGAGAUUUCGGAGCUUUCGACUCCUUUCGGCACAUCGGCGCAGCGCGUAGCGGCUUACUUCUCCGAAGCAAUGUCCGCUCGUCUCAUAAGCUCUUGCCUCGGUAUUUACGCGCCAUUACCGCCAAUUGCUGUUCACCGACAGCGUCUGGCUUCGGCCUUUCAGGUUUUUAAUGGCAUAAGCCCGUUCGUAAAAUUCUCACAUUUUACUGCGAACCAGGCGAUACAGGAAGCAUUUGAGCGCGAGGAAUGUGUGCAUAUCAUCGAUCUCGACAUUAUGCAAGGACUUCAGUGGCCGGGAUUGUUUCAUAUACUCGCAUCUCGACCCGGAGGCCCACCGCGUGUUCGUCUAACUGGUCUUGGUUCUUCACUUGAAGCUCUUCAGGCAACAGGGAAGCGGCUCUCUGAUUUUGCUGAAACUCUUGGUCUUCCGUUUGAGUUCUGCCCCGUCGCAGACAAGGUCGGCAACCUCGACCCCGACCGGCUGGGUGUAUCACGACGGGAGGCUGUUGCCGUUCAUUGGCUUCACCACUCGCUUUACGAUGUCACUGGAUCAGACACCAACACACUCUGGCUACUACAGAGGUUGUCGCCGAAGGUGGUGACGAUGGUGGAACAGGAUUUGAGCCAAGCGGGCUCAUUUCUUGCGCGAUUCGUCGAAGCCAUCCACUACUACUCUGCUCUCUUCGACUCCCUUGGCGCGAGCUACGGUGAGGAGAGCCAAGAGAGGCAUAUCGUCGAACAGCAGCUGCUUUCGAGGGAGAUUCGCAAUGUGCUCUCCGUCGGCGGUCCGGCACGUUCUGGUGAGAUCAAGUUCGGGAAUUGGAGGGAAAAACUGAGCCAGUCGGGCUUCCGUGGCGUCUCGCUCGCCGGAAACGCGCAUGCUCAGGCAACGCUUCUUCUCGGUAUGUUUCCUUCGGAUGGUUACACUUUAAUGGAAGAAAAUGGAACGCUUAAGCUUGGGUGGAAAGAUCUUUGUCUCUUAACGGCGUCGGCGUGGAAGCCGAUUCAAACUCCGGUGACAACCUGCGCUGGAUAUGGUGGCGUUGCAAGGUAGGAGGAAAGAAGAAGAGCUUUUGUUCAUUGGAAUGGCUUUCAUAUUGGUGUACAUGGUGUGAGACUGGAAAGAAUGGGCCAAAAUUGAAGAGAUUAAACAGUGCAUCUUUCGUGUAAUACUAUAUCAUUAUUCCUAAUCGAUCCCUUACUUCCAUGAGAGAUGUAGUUAUGCUCAUCAUUCUGUCAUUAUUACUAAUCCAUGUUUUCUGUAGUCUAUUAUUUUUUUUGUUUUGUUUUUGAAGAUAAAAUUGUUUUCUUCC